GCUGUGAAAAAUGAGGUUAAUGUUCCUUGUGUGAAAAAUUUCGUUGAGCUGUUGUAUGUACAAACCUUGGAUGCUUCGACGAAAUCGAAACAUCGUCUAGCUUUAUUUCCGUUAGUCACAUGCUUGCUCUGUGUGUCGCAAAAAACAUUCUUCCUUUCAAAUUGGCAUUAUUUCCUAGCCAUGUGCCUCAGCAAUUUGAAAAACCGUGAUGCGAAAAUGAGCCGAGUAGCACUGGAGUCGCUUUAUCGUCUAUUAUGGGUAUACAUGAUAAGGAUAAAAUGUGAAUCCAAUUCGGCGACUCAUUCAAGACUACAAAGUAUAGUAAACUCCUUAUUUCCAAAAGGCUCAAAAGGUGUCGUGCCCCGUGAUACUCCUCUGAACAUUUUUGUGAAAAUCAUUCAGUUCAUUGCGCAGGAGCGUUUGGAUUUUGCCAUGCGGGAAAUUGUUUAUGAUUUACUCUGCGUGGGACGUUCGAUUAAGUUGAUUUUAAAUCCGGAACGUAUGAGCAUCGGACUACGCGCAUUUCUUGUUGUGGCCGAUUCCUUGCAACAAAAAGAUGGCGAACCACCUAUGCCACGCACUGUGCCUGUGCUACCCUCCGGCAAUACAUUGCGAGUGAAGAAAACAUACAUCAAUAAAAUGCUAACUGACGAUACUGCCCGCAGCAUUGGCAUGUCGACCUAUUUUCCACAUGUGCGCCGUGUUUUUGUGGACAUUUUGCGAGCACUGGACGUGCAUUACGGUCGCCCGUUAAUGAUGACAAACACGCAGAAUCAGAAUAAAGAACCCGAUGAGAUGCUCUCUGGUGAGCGCAAGCCACGGAUCGAUCUAUUUCGCACAUGCGUCGCUGCAGUACCUCGUCUCAUACCAGAGACGAUGACCCCACAGGAGUUGGUAGACUUGCUCUCGCGGUUGACUGUGCACAUGGACGAAGAGUUGCGCAUCUUAACACACCAGUCGUUGCAAACUUUGGUGAUUGACUUUCCGGAUUGGCGUCAGGACGUCGUGCACGGGUACACCCAGUUUCUAGUGCGCGAUGUCACCGACACUUAUCCGCAGUUAUUGGAAAAUUGUACUCGAAUGUUAUUCGUAUUUCUGAACAUUUGGCGUUGUGCAAUAAAUGUCAAUGGCAAUGGAAAUUCAAGCGCGAAUGCGCUUAAAAUCUCAAUGACAACUGCCGGAGUAGUAAAUUCUCCUGCUGGAGUUGGCGGUGGUGUUGGUGUCUCAACAGUUGCAACUGCCUUAAGUGGCUCUGGUGCGGGUAAAGACACUGCCACAAGCCAGCUCUCUAGCGCAAGCAAUGUAAAAAGCGUAAACACAAAUUCAAGUGGCACUUCCAGCAUUACAUCUAGCGGAAUAUCUAGCAUUACGCAAACGACUGUCAUUAAUAUUGGAGAUGCUGCUAAGAAAAACGAGAUACCGCUGGUUACCACGCUACAUUUUGUAGAGGGUUUUGCUCUGGUACUGCUCUGUAACUAUCGUCCAUUCUUGCGAAAGCUGGCAGCUAUGAUUUUGAAAGAAGUGAAGAAUCUUAUGAAAGCACUGGGCAUACCAGAGACGGAGCCACCAGUUAUCGAUGUAAUUGAUAAGUGCUGUCCACAGGUACUUGAGAAGUGUUUACCACAUUUGCCACCUUCGGAGAAGACUGCGAUCCUCAAUGCGAAUGCAAUCGAUUUGCAAUGGAUUGCCGAACGAACAAGUGGUAUAUGGAUGGCGGGGUUAACAGAUGUUUCUUUAGACACGUCGAAAUCAUCAACUUCGACUCUGAACUUGUCACAAGGUAGCGCAACACAUCAGCAGCAACAGUUCGAUCCGUGGUCGAUGGUGUUGUUUGGUUUUCUGGAACGUAACCGUAUUUUGCAGCAGUGUGCCUCCGCCGUUGCGCAGGCUUGGCCCAUCUGCUAUUCACGCGUGACAGCACUUUACAGCGUCAUCGAUCCCACACCUGUUAGUGAUAAUCGCGCUUCAUUACUGCGCAGCUCAGCGCCAACUAAGAAAGUGCCCACCGAAAGCCAAAAGGAUCUUUAUUUAAAAUUAUGGCGCAAUCAAGUUGCUUGUGCAAUGCGCCUGGUACCACAGAUUCCAAGCGUUGCGGUUCGCUGUGCAUCACCUGACCUAAGUUUGAGUCUACAAGAUCAAUCGGACUCACGGUCUCUAUCCGAUUCCUUGGAUAACAUACCGUCGAAUGUGUUCGGACCCGAAGGAAUUGUCACACGAUUUACGCUACCACUUUCUUAUGGCCGCAAGGAGGCACGACAAAAACGACUUGGGUAAAAUACACACAAGAGA